GCCGCCGCCGCCUCCCCCGGAGCGGGGCGGAGCAGCUGCCCGCCGCCGCCGACCACCCGGACGACUCCUCGUCGAAUCGCAAACGCAUAGGCCGCCGCCCGAGUUCUGCGUACGAGAAGAAAGACGCGGCGCGAGCGCCAACGGCCACCGGGCGCGCGCCGCGGCGGCCGGGCCUGCGCCCCAAGAGCUGGAUGCCAGAGCAGGAGAAAGAGCCGCCAACCGAUCGCUCGAUCGACCGCACGCCCGUUCCUUCGCCCUACCAGACCCGGGAGGGGGGGAGGGCGCGCCAGGGCUUCUUCGAGUUAGGGGCCUGACUCCCCGGCGACGAGACAAGAUGGCUCCUCCGGUCCGCACCGCAGCUACCGUCCCGGCUGCGUCGCUCGGCCCGCCCCCGGUACUGUUUCUUUAAAUGGCGGAGAGGGUCAGGAAAGCAGGAAGAGAGGCGCACGCUGUCACGUGACAGGGGCGGGACCGGCCAACCAAGAUCCGGUCACAUGGGGGACACGCAGGCCGCCAAUCAGGAGGCUGUACAUCAGGGCGGGGGCGGGAGGAGCUGCAGCUUUGUGAUUGGCUGAAUGCUCCGCGGAGGCCUCGGGGGCUUGGGGCGUCGGGGAGUGUGCGAGGUGGCCGGGGCUGUGUGCACUAUCGGAGACAAAGCGGUGGCUGUGGUGUCUGUGACGGCGGCGGCAGAACAGCUCUAAACGCCGAAUUUCGUGUUGCUGAAUCCUGUCACCAUCUCAACUAGCGCGGCGCGCGGGCGGCGGCGGAGGCAGCGGCGGCGGCGGCGGCGGAGGCGGCAGCAGCACAUGGUUCCAAGAGCGCCCUGCGGCUGUUGGGUUCCAAUUCCGCGGGGAGGGACAAAGGCAGUUGUGAGAUCCGGGUAGUGCCCGGUCAGGUGGUGCGCUCGCCACUGCCCUCGAUCCGGUCCUUGGAAGCCGGGAGUAGCUCCUCUUCGUGGGGAGGCCGCCACGGGACCGAGGCCCGGGAAGGGCCUGGGAGGCUGAGGCUGUUGUCUGAGGGACGUGGGGGCGGGGCGCGGCCUGCCCGAGGUGCUGUGGGCGGGUCAUUUGUGAGGUGUUUAUGUGGGCCAAGUGUGAGGUAAUCUGACCACCACCCUGAACUGGGUUUGGUCCGGCUUUGAAAAAAGAAAUCGUGAGUGCCUAGGAGCUUUUUCACUUGGGAGGUGGUGAAGCUGCAACUUGCGCCAUAUAACACUCCGUCGACAUCUUGGUCUCCGGUCUUGGGCCUGUUUAAGAAUCCUGGCAUCACGUGUGGCGAAGACAUGGCUGAUCAGUUUUCUGACAGAAGUGGGUAAAUUUCCGCAUUGGUAAAUUUCCUGACAGGAAAUUUCGGGGAACCAAAAAAGGCUGAAGAACAUGAAGAUGGAGCAGUCAUAAACCACCCACUCAAGGACCAUCUCCUUCAAGACCAUCCACACAAGACUCAGAUUGUCUGAAUUGAGCUAUCGCAACUUAAUGCUAAAAGCUCCUUAAAGCUACAGACUUAUGACAUAGUUCCUUCCAAAAUAUUACAUCGUAAUCAUUGAGAAGAUUAAAAAAAAACACUUGAAGAAAUUGUAGUUUUAAACAUCUCUGCAUAUAUUUUGGAUAGUUACUAGGUUACUUUAACUGUCAUUAAGGAGCACAGACUUACUGAAGGUUUACUGGACAGAAUCCUGGGAAAUCGAUAUCAUUAUAAGUUUAUAUUUCCCAGUUAGCGGGUGAAGGGCUGGAGACCUUAUUGCAGUCAUGGCUUUCACAAAUUACAGCAGUCUGAAUCGAGCUCAGCUAACCUUUGAAUAUCUGCACACAAAUUCAACCACUCACGAAUUCUUGUUUGGUGCUCUUGCUGAACUGGUUGAUAAUGCAAGAGAUGCUGAUGCCACCAGAAUAGAUAUUUAUGCAGAAAGACGAGAGGACCUUCGAGGAGGAUUUAUGCUUUGCUUUUUGGAUGAUGGAGCAGGAAUGGAUCCAAGUGAUGCUGCCAGUGUGAUCCAGUUUGGGAAGUCGGCCAAGCGAACACCUGAGUCUACUCAGAUUGGGCAGUACGGGAAUGGGUUAAAAUCGGGCUCAAUGCGCAUUGGGAAGGAUUUUAUCCUGUUCACCAAGAAGGAAGACACCAUGACCUGCCUCUUCCUGUCUCGCACGUUUCAUGAGGAAGAAGGCAUUGAUGAAGUGAUAGUCCCACUGCCCACCUGGAAUGCUCAGACCCGGGAACCUGUCACAGACAAUGUAGAGAAAUUUGCCAUUGAGACAGAACUCAUCUAUAAGUACUCUCCAUUCCGCACUGAGGAGGAAGUGAUGACCCAAUUUAUGAAGAUUCCUGGGGACAGCGGAACAUUGGUGAUCAUCUUCAAUCUCAAACUCAUGGAUAAUGGAGAGCCAGAACUAGACAUAAUCUCAAAUCCAAGAGAUAUCCAGAUGGCAGAGACAUCCCCAGAGGGCACGAAGCCAGAGCGGCGCUCGUUCCGUGCCUAUGCCGCUGUGCUCUAUAUUGAUCCCAGGAUGAGGAUCUUCAUCCAUGGGCACAAGGUGCAGACCAAGAGGCUCUCCUGCUGCCUGUACAAGCCCAGGAUGUACAAGUACACGUCAAGCCGUUUCAAGACCCGUGCAGAGCAGGAGGUGAAGAAAGCAGAGCACGUAGCAAGGAUUGCUGAAGAGAAGGCGCGGGAGGCAGAGAGCAAAGCUCGGACAUUAGAAGUACGCCUAGGUGGAGACCUCACGCGGGACUCCAGGGUGAUGUUGCGACAGGUCCAGAACAGAGCCAUCACUCUGCGCAGAGAAGCUGAUGUCAAGAAGAGGAUCAAGGAGGCCAAGCAGCGAGCACUUAAAGAACCUAAGGAACUGAAUUUUGUUUUUGGGGUCAACAUUGAACACCGGGAUCUGGAUGGCAUGUUCAUCUACAACUGUAGCCGACUGAUCAAAAUGUAUGAGAAAGUGGGCCCACAGCUGGAAGGGGGCAUGGCAUGUGGCGGGGUUGUUGGGGUUGUUGAUGUGCCCUACCUGGUCCUGGAGCCUACACACAACAAACAGGACUUUGCUGAUGCCAAGGAGUACCGGCACCUGCUCCGAGCAAUGGGGGAGCACCUGGCGCAGUAUUGGAAGGAUAUUGCCAUCGCCCAGCGGGGAAUCAUCAAGUUCUGGGAUGAGUUUGGCUACCUCUCUGCCAACUGGAACCAGCCCCCAUCCAGUGAGCUGCGUUACAAACGCCGGAGAGCUAUGGAAAUCCCCACCACCAUCCAGUGCGAUUUGUGUCUGAAAUGGAGAACCCUCCCCUUCCAGCUGAGUUCUGUGGAAAAAGAUUACCCUGACACCUGGGUUUGCUCCAUGAACCCUGAUCCUGAACAGGACCGGUGUGAGGCUUCUGAACAAAAGCAGAAGGUUCCCCUGGGAACAUUCAGAAAGGACAUGAAGACGCAGGAAGAGAAGCAGAAACAACUGACAGAGAAAAUUCGCCAGCAGCAGGAGAAGCUGGAGGCCCUUCAGAAAACCACACCCAUCCGCUCCCAAGCAGACCUGAAGAAAUUGCCCUUGGAAGUGACCACCAGACCUUCCACUGAGGAACCUGUGCGUAGACCUCAGCGUCCUCGGUCGCCCCCUUUACCUGCUGUGAUCAGGAACGCCCCCAGCAGACCCCCUUCUUUGCCAACUCCUAGACCAGCCAGCCAGCCCCGAAAGGCUCCUGUCAUCAGCAGUACCCCAAAGCUCCCUGCUUUGGCAGCCCGGGAGGAGGCCAGCACAUCCAGGCUGCUCCAGCCACCUGAGGCACCCCGAAAGCCUGCCAACACUCUUGUCAAGACUGCAUCCCGACCUGCCCCUCUGGUGCAGCAACUGUCACCAUCUUUACUGACCAACUCCAAGAGCCCUCGGGAGGUUCCUUCUCCCAAAGUCAUCAAGACUCCAGUGGUGAAGAAGACAGAGCCACCCAUCAAACUCUCCCCGGCUACCCCUAGUCGGAAGCGGAGUGUCGCAGUUUCUGAUGAGGAAGAAGUUGAGGAGGAAGCUGAGAGGAGGAAGGAGAGGUGCAAGCGGGGCAGAUUUGUUGUGAAGGAGGAAAAGAAGGACUCCAAUGAGCUCUCAGACAGUGCUGGGGAAGAGGACUCGGCUGACCUCAAGAGAGCUCAGAAAGAUAAAGGGCUGCACGUGGAGGUGCGUGUGAACAGGGAGUGGUACACGGGCCGUGUCACAGCCGUGGAGGUGGGCAAGCAUGUGGUGCGGUGGAAGGUGAAGUUUGACUACGUGCCCACAGACACGACACCAAGAGACCGCUGGGUGGAGAAAGGCAGUGAGGAUGUGCGGCUGAUGAAACCCCCUUCUCCGGAACAUCAGAGCCUUGAUACGCAACAGGAGGGCGGGGAGGAGGAGAUGGGCCGUGUGGCCCAGCAGGCCAUAGCUGUGGCAGAGCCCUCCACUUCCGAAUGCCUCCGCAUUGAGCCUGACACCACUGCCCUGAGCACCAAUCACGAGACCAUCGACCUGCUUGUCCAGAUCCUCCGGAAUUGUUUACGGUACUUCCUGCCUCCAAGUUUCCCCAUCUCCAAGAAGCAGCUGAGUGCUAUGAAUUCAGAUGAGCUAAUAUCUUUUCCUCUGAAAGAGUACUUCAAGCAAUAUGAAGUAGGGCUCCAAAACCUGUGCAAUUCCUACCAGAGCCGUGCUGACUCCCGGGCCAAGGCCUCCGAGGAAAGCCUGCGCACCUCCGAGAGGAAGCUCCGCGAGACGGAGGAGAAGCUGCAGAAGCUGAGGACCAACAUCGUGGCACUCCUGCAAAAGGACAUAGACAUCAACACAGAUGAUGAGCUGGACGCCUACAUUGAGGACCUCAUCACCAAGGGGGACUGAAGGCAGGAGAGAGAGCAGCUCCCCUGCCCACCUGCCCCUCAACCCUGUAGCUGCAGGGGGAGGGGACUUCAAUCAUGGGUUGGUGGUCGCACCUUGGUUUGACUUACAUGGGACAUUUGUGUUUUUGGAGGGAAAGAUACCCUGAUUCUUUGAAUCUUCCUUAAGUUUAUAAAUAUUUAUUUUUUAAAAGAA